GCCGUGAUUGUCCCAAAAUACCAGGAUCAGAAAUACGGAGUAGGUAUACAGUGUACGGCAUAGGUACGUCUGCUACGGAGUAGCCUUGCUAUACGAACAACUAUACCUACAAUAUAGGAGAGAUCCACAUUUUUUGCUACUCGUAGGCCUGGAGAGCUUCCCGUCUGCACGCGUAGCCAACAGAAAUCUAUCGCAAGCUUUUUUUUUCGACCUCCGUGGAGGAAUGCUCUUUCGAGGUUAGCAGCCGUGCUUUGCAAGGUGCGAAGCAACCUCUGCCUAAGAAACGCUUCUCGUUCAAAUGGACCGUCUGUAAAACCCAUCGACGUGACGCAUACGCCAUCUCAAUCAUAGCCAGCCCACCCUACUACUCCGCUUUAGUACCGAUCCGUAUCUCUCCAUACGCAACGUCGUAUACUCAUGGGGAACAGCGAGAGUAGGCCGGUAGACAAGAGACCUGGUGAAAGGGCAAGCGUCGCGUCGGGAAGGAGCAGCAGCGGCUCCGCGGCGCAGCUUAUCGCCAGGGAGCGAUCCGCAACCGUCGGCAGCAUGAUGAGCUCCCGUCGCAACCCCAUGGUCGCUGGUGCUGCUGCCGGAAACGUCGAGCUCGUCGCGCGGCUACUCGCAAGCGGGCUCGACAGAAAUGGCUGCUCGUCCACGGGCAAGACACCGCUAAUGGCGGCAGCGAGAGGAGGACACGUGGCAGUCGUCACCCUUCUGCUUAUCAACGACGCCGCGGUGCUGCGGUUCGACAAGACCAGCGCGCGGUCGUGCCUGCACAUGGCGGCGCGAGCGGGGAGCGCGGAGUGCGUCGAGGCCGUCUUAGUGGCGGCGAAGGCGUCGCACGGACUGAACGACUCGUGGGGCUAUCAGCGCUUCGUCAACGUGCGCGACGCCACGGGCUGCACGGCGCUGCAUCUGGCGGCGGCGGCGGGAGCGGAGGGCGCGGUGCGGGUGCUGCUGAGGGAAGGCGCGGCGGUCAGCAUCACCACGGCGACGACUGGCCACGCUCCCGGCAAUCACGCGCUGCAUAUGGCGGCGCGGAGCGGGAGCGUGGCGGUGGUGCUGGCGCUGCUGGCGUGGGGCGCGGACAGAACCGCGCUCAACCAUGACAAGCUCACGCCCCACGCCCUGGCCCUGCGCGCGGAACGGGAGCGCGGGGGGAAAGCGCGCGCGGAGAAGGGGAAGAAAGCAGCGCUCGCGGAGAAGGGCGUGCGGGCGGGGAAGAGCGGCGCUCCCCCCCGCUGCGAUUUCAAGCGCGUGACGGCGCUGCUGAACCCCAAGUCCCCCGCGCCCGUGGUAUGGCCCUCCCCCUGGGCGCAGCUGCUCGCGCGCAUUCCCCCGCAAGUGGUGUGGCUGCUCCGCGCGGCGCAGGCGGGGGGAGAGGAGGCGGAGGGGGAAGCGGAAGGGGACGGGGGACGAGGCGGAGAACUGGGGCAGGGGGAGGAGGAGGGAGGUACGGAGGGGGUUAGAGCAAGGGAGGGUCAGCGGAGAGCGGAUGGGGUGAAGGACGAGUUAGGUGGCAUGGGUGGUAGUGGGGGCAACAGUGCCAACGGGGGCAUCGGGGGUGUCGGGAGUAACGGUGGCAGUGGCGGGGGAAAUGGUGGUGGGAGUGGGGGUGGGACUGGUGUGGGUAUUGGCAACGGAGAGGGUCGGGAAGAGGGCGGAAGCGGAACCAGAGGCAGGGGCGCGGGCGAGGAGGGCGAGGAGGGCGAGGAGGGCGAGGAGGGCGAGGAGGGCUAUGAGGGGGAUGAGGGGAAUGAGGGGAGGGGGGCGGAUGGGGGGUCGCAGCAGGCUGUUGGUUGUGAUGCGGCGGGGGAGGAGGAAGGUGGGGGGAUUGGAGAUGCGGGGAACAGGGAGGAGGGGGAUGCAGGUGGGGGGGAUGUGGGCGGUGGAGUGUCGGUGGGCAGGUGUGAGAGGCAUGAGGCGGAGUGUUGCAGUAGGGAUGGGGUUGAGGAAAAGAGAGGGGAGUGUGAGGGAGGGGGGUUUGGAGACGUUGAGAAAGUCAGCGGAGAAGGGAGUUCGGAGAAAGUGGAAGGGAGCGGGCAGUCGGGUAUGGAGAGGAGAAGGAAGGAGCUCCUGGUGGGAGGAGGGACGUUGGUGGAGGUACAGGGAGAGGUGGAAGAGGUGGCAGGAGACGAAGUGGAGGGCGAGGGAGCGGAGGGGAGGCGAGGUGAUGGGCAUGGGCAUGGGUUGAAGGAGACACGUGUUGCUGGUAUUACAGAGGCGGAAGGAGAUGCGGGUGGUGAUGGCAGUCGUGGUGGCAGGGAUGGCAGCAAUGGCAAUGGUGGUGGCGGUGCUAUGCUUUCCCUUGUCCCAAGUGUCCGUCUGCUUGAACGAGGAGCAGGGCAGCAGAGGCGGAAGGAGGUGGAGAGCGGUCGAGGGGUGUGGGGAGAAGAGGAGGGAGAGGGUGCAGGAGCAGCAGUAAGAGAAGAGCAGCAGCAGGUGGAUCCGGCACAGGAGCAGGGCAGCAGGGCAGGAAUCACGGUGGAGGGAGUGAUACCCGAUGGAGAGCACUUUGAGGGGAGUGGGAGCAGGAGGGGGAGUGGGGGCGAGACGGACGGCAGUGUGUGUCUCAUCUGCUGCGAGCCCUGCCCUCUGGCUCCGGGCCACUUGAGCAGCGGUAGCAGCAGUGGCAACGGCAUCGGCAGCGGUGUCUCGUCUCCUUUAAGCAUGUCUGGUCCCUUCAGCCCCUCGUCUACAUUCAGCGUGGCUUCGCCUUUCAGUGGCCAGGGAAGCAGCAGCAGCCGCGCGACCAGCCCCUUCUCUAGCGGGCCCCUUAUCACGACUGCUACGAGUAGCUGCAAGCUAGCCACCCACGCUCACUCCCCUCCUCUCUCGCCUUCCGGUGCCCUGCCCCCUCCUCCUCAGUACCUGCUCUCUCUGCUGCCCUGCCAGCACCGCCUGUGCCCCACGUGCGUGCUGUCCCUGCUGGCCCACACCAAGCCCAACUCGCACGUGGCUCUGCCGCCCGGUCCGCUCUGCCCGUUCUGCCGGUGCGGGAUCGAAGGCAUGGAUGUGGCGCGGUGAGGGUGGGGAUUCGAGGCCGCAGCCCUCCUGAAGCUCACUUCUUCCGUUCUGACUCUAAGCGUGAGGAGACGUGGCGGUGCGGGAUAGAGGGAGGGCAUGUAUGUGGGGCUGAAAGAGAUUGAAGUGGGGCUGCUGUUGGUUCAGAGGGGUUUGUGCUGUUGAGGGCGCCUCAAGAGCAGACGCGUUACACGCAGUCUGUGCUGUCGCGCUCCCAAGCUGUGGUGCUGUUUCGUGUACGUGAGUGAGCAAGUGUGCAGGCAGAUAGACGGUGCUGAGGAUGGCGGGGGGAUGGUGCUGAGGAUGGUGCUGGGGAUGCUGGUGGGGAUGCUGGUGGGGAUGGUAGUGGGGAUGGUAGUGGGGAUGGUAGUGGGGAUGGUAGUGGGGAUGGUAGUGGGGAUGGUAGUGGGGAUGGUAGUGGGGAUGGUAGUGGGGAUGGUUGUUGUGCUGCUGCAAGUGAGCGAGGAAAAUUGGGGAACUAGGGUGUUGGCGGGGGAUGGGCAUGGCAUGGCAUGGGUGGUAAGGGGCCCUGAUGUGGAAUGGUGUAGAAGGAGGGGUGGGGGGGAGGGAGUGUGAUGGACAGUGUGCAUAAACUUUCAGGGAGUGUGCUGCAUGGUUGCUCGUUCCGGUUAGGGGGAAUAAAGUUGUUAAGGGUGCCAACCAUGUUAUAGGUUCAGCUCCCAUGUACUGUAUGUGGUAUAUACAUAUAGUAUGUGAUUAUGUUGAAGUGAAUGC